ACAGAAUAUAAACCCUUUAGAUUAAAGUUUCUCUUGGGAAAAAAAAAAAAAAGAAAAAGUGUUCUUUCUGCUUUCUUGUUUUCCCUGCAACAGUCUUCAGUUCAUUCCUACAAACAGAAAAUAUAGCCAAGCAAAAUCAAAGUUUGUUUAAGUUUUGAUUUCAAGUUGAAAAAAAAAAAAAAAAAAGACCCAAUACCAAACAACCUUGCUAUAAAAAUCUCCUUCUACAGAAACAGGACAUGAACCUUCUUGCUCUGUUUCUGCCCAUGUGGGCAUUGUCUAGCACAUUUUUGUUUUUCUUGCUUGAUGCCAGACCAGAGUCAACAUUCUCCACCAAUUCUAGGCCUGCCCUUCUUGCUAAGAAAGAGCCCAUUUCGUUCUUCUCUGCAAAAAUGGAAACUCAAUCUCCAGGACUGCCUAUGGCUCCUAUGGAUAAAGUAGUGCACCAUCAAGAUUUGAACAAGAGAAUCCUUAUAGCACUAGUCGUUGCUUCGUCUCUCCUUGGAGCAAUCUUGGUGUUUCUGUCAUGUUUCUGUAUCCACAGAAUGAAAAACUCCAAGAACUCUAGCUUGAAAGGCAAACAAAAUUUCGAAGCUGGAAAUGGGCAUUCCCUCAGUCCAGUUCUGGGCAAAUUAAAUUCCUUGACGAUGGUUGGUAAUAAGGAUUCCAUUGCUGUGAUGGAAUAUGAAUUGCUAGAAGCUGCAACAAACAAUUUCCAAGAAAAUAAUUUGUUGGGUGAAGGUGGUCAUGGACGUGUCUACAAAGCUCGUGUCAAUGAAAAACUCCUUGCUGCUGUAAAAAAAUUGGAGGGCGUAGGACGGAAUGUGCAAAGAGAAUUUGAGAAUGAAAUGAAUUGGUUGACGAAAAUUCAGCAUCAGAACAUAAUUUCGUUGUUGGGUUACUGCAUUCAUGAUGAAGCGAAGUUUCUUGUGUAUGAAAUAAUGCAGAAUGGGUCUUUGGAAAGUCAGUUGCAUGGACCGACACAUGGAUCUGCAUUAACUUGGCUUCUGCGUAUGAAAAUUGCUGUUGAUGUUGCAAGAGGACUAGAAUAUCUUCAUGAGCAUUGCAAUCCUCCUGUUGUCCACAGAGAUAUAAAGUCAUCAAACAUUCUUCUGGAUUCCAACUUCAAUGCCAAGCUUUCAGACUUUGGCCUUGCUGUUAAUUCUGGAAUCAAAGCCAAAAGCGUAAAGCUUUCAGGAACUCUAGGUUAUGUUGCCCCAGAGUACCUUUUGCAUGGAAAAUUAACUGAUAAAAGUGAUGUCUAUGCUUUUGGAGUUGUUCUUCUGGAGCUACUCAUGGGAAGAAAACCAGUGGAAAUGAUUUCAGAAGAUCAAUGUCUGUCUAUAGUAACAUGGGCCAUGCCUCAACUUACUGAUAGAUCAAAGCUUCCGAAUAUUGUGGACCCUGUUAUCAAGGAUACUAUGGAUUUAAGGCACUUAUAUCAGGUAGCUGCGGUGGCAGUACUGUGCGUACAACAAGAACCGAGUUAUAGGCCGCUGAUAACUGAUGUUCUGCAUUCACUCAUCCCUCUUGUACCUCUCGAGCUUGGAGGGUCACUAAGAAUUACAGAACCUCUGCCUUCUGCGUGAAUUCUAACAAUGAUAAUGGAAUAUACAGAUACGUUUGUGUUCUUUCGUGAUCAUUCUUUUUCAUGCGACUGUAUCCUUCAUAGACUUGGAUAUAUGCAAAUCAUUAUAGAAUUUUUUUUCCUUGUCAUUACAGUUGUAAAUAAAUCGAAUCAAAAGUGAUUUGUCCAUAUUAUGGUUUUUGUAACGGUGGAUUUCCAAGAACUAGGUUUGAACUUGAA